GGACUGACUGGCGGGCUUAAGGCCGUGGGGCUGGCGGGAGCUUCUCUUCCGGGAGCAGCGGAAUCGCUUGUAGAGGCUGCGGGAGCUAGCGAACGUGGGAAGACACUACACAGUGUAUUCAAGAAUUUUGUGAAUUCCUUGACUUAGGAUCUAACUAUGUCAGCUGAAAUACCGCUCAACAUUAAUAUCAAAGAACCACGAUGGGAUCAAAGCACUUUUAUUGGAAGAGCCAGUCAUUUUUUUACUGUAACUGAUCCACGAAAUAUUUUGUUAACUAAUGAACAACUAGAAAAUGCAAGACAAAUUGUUCAUGAUUACAGAAAAGGAAUUGUGGCUCCUGGGCUCACAGAAAAUGAAUUAUGGAGAGCAAAGUAUGUUUAUGAUUCAGCUUUUCAUCCUGACACUGGUGAAAAGAUGAUUUUGAUAGGAAGAAUGUCAGCUCAGGUUCCCAUGAACAUGACAAUCACAGGCUGUAUGAUGACUUUUUAUAGAACGACCCCCGCAGUGGUUUUCUGGCAGUGGAUUAAUCAGUCUUUCAAUGCUGUUGUGAAUUAUACAAACAGGAGUGGUGAUGCCCCUAUUACUGUUAGUCAAUUGGGGACAGCAUAUGUAUCUGCCACCACAGGUGCUGUAGUAACUGCGUUGGGACUUAAUGCACUAACCAAGCAUGUCUCACCUCUCAUAGGACGUAUGGUUCCUUUUGCUGCUGUAGCUGCUGCUAAUUGCAUUAAUAUUCCAUUAAUGAGACAAAGGGAACUCAAAGUUGGUAUUCCUGUUACAGAUGAAAAUGGAAACCGAUUAGGUGAAUCAGUCAAUGCUGCACAACAAGCUAUUGCACAAGUGGUUAUCUCAAGAAUCCUUAUGGCAGCUCCUGGCAUGGCCAUCCCUCCAUUUAUAAUGAACACUUUGGAGAAAAAAGCAUUUUUAAAGAGGUUCCCCUGGAUGAGUGCUCCUAUUCAAGUUGGAUUAGUUGGCUUCUGUUUGGUGUUUGCUACUCCUCUGUGUUGUGCAUUGUUUCCUCAGAAAAGUUCGAUGUCUGUUACACGCUUGGAGCCAGAAUUGAAAGCCAAGAUUCAAGAGACCAGUCCUGAAUUAGAAUGUGUGUAUUUUAAUAAGGGAUUAUAAAUCGGAAGAAGACUUGAACAUUUUAAAGAUAAUCAUGUAAACCCAAAUACAUUAUGCCAGUAUCGGUAAAAAUGCCUUUGUCUUUAUAAUUAGUUAACUUCCCUGGUAUCCAAAUUUACCUUAUUCACUAAAUAUGUUAGCUAAAAUUGUACCUUAAUACAAAGGAUCUUGUUAUCUUUGAGAAAACCAUCCUGUCCCUUUCAGAGUUGGUGUUUUUAGAAGAGUUUUUAACAGCCCACAGCCAGCAUAAGACUGGGCACAAAGUAGGCACUUAAGAAAUAUUUAUUGAUCAAUUAAUUGAAAAAAAUGUUUACAUCAAAUAUCAAGCAAUGGAAGGUGAUUUAAAAAAUAGAUCCAACUUGUAUCCCCAUCUAUGGUCAAGAAGACUUUCACAUAUAGGAGGGAUUCAGGGCAGGCCAAAGACUAAGAGGAUAGAAGACUGAAAUCAUUACUCUUGACAUGCAGCCUGCUGCUGCCUCUGUUACAUGGAGCAUAGACCCAGAUUUCUACUUCUUUCCUUAGGCUCAAAUCAAAAGAUACUUUUAGGCCUUUUUGUUUAGUAAAAUAAAGGCUAUCCUUAUGAGCUCUCCUUUCAGUAAUUUUUUUCAUUUAACAAUUUAUGGGAAAUGAAUUUCUUUUUGUAUAUGCCUCUGUUUUUAAAUUCCUAAGAAGGCAUCUACCUUCCUUUGAAAUAGAUGGAUAUUAUUUGGAAUUACAUUACACUAUUAUUUAGUAUUUAAAUAACUUUAAAAUUGCCUAAAGCUAUCAAACUACUACAGUUUAUCAAUACUGUAUUUUAAAAGUAUAUUAAAAACAUUGAUAUUUAAUCAAGAUUGUCUGAUUUUUUAAAAUUAGUCAUCAGCAAGCAUUUGUUUUAUGUGUCCAGUUCCUUGUGUUGGCUUCUAUUUCAAGCUCUUCUUGGCUUUGAGAAAGACCAAGAAAAUGUAUUUGAUUAAUCAAUGACCUUACAAACUGUACUUGAAUGUUCUCUAUUACAUUCCAUCUUCUGUAUGAAUAUAUUCAGUGUGCACACCACUUUGCUUAUAUUAUUUGUAACAAUUGGCAGUAUAAUUGAUAUAAGAUUAGACAUUAAACUUUAAGUUUGUAGUGUUAAAAGUAAUAAAAAGAAGAUUAAGCAUAUCACUGAAAGUAGAUUCUUGUUAUGCAGAGGCUAAAGAUAAUAUAUGGACAUUUAGAAAAUAAUAGAAUAGUAAGAUAUUUUUACUGUUUUAUCAGAGUAAAUUUCUCACAAACAAGAUUUUUUAAAACUUGUUUCUGUGUUUUUCAUCUGAAAAGAUUAACAGAUCUGAAGCUUUAGUCUCCUUGGAAUGAUUCUUAUCUGUAUCUCUCCCAUCAUUCUUUUACCUCAUAUUUUUUGUCUUAAAACUGUUUAGAUGGAGAAGAAUGGCUUCCCCAACACAUUCUGAACAUUCAGCAUAUUUUAUUUUAUUGCAAUAAACACAUCUGCAGAAAAACCUCACAUUCCACACUGACCUUUAUAGUUUACUUGGUGCCUCUCUGAUUUGUUACCAUACAUAAUAUAUUCAUGUUGAUAUAUUUCUCUUUAAAUGAACUGAUUUUUAUAUAUUUCGUUUGCCUCAUUUGACUUUGAAAGGCUCCUGCCAAUUCAUUUAUAAAAUCAUUUCAGCAACCUAAUAAUUGAUUCAUAUUAAGUGUAUGUUUUUCACUAGUACAGGACAUACACUGAUUUGAAGAUUGAUAAAUUAUUCACACUAAGAAAAUGUGACCAAAGCAUAGACAUAAAGAUGACAAAUAUCACGGAUACACACACACACACACACACACACACACACACAUAUACUUUUAAUUUUGUUUAUUGAAGCUUCAGACUAUUAAUGCUUUUCUACAGAUCAUUUAUUUUACAGUUUCAAAGUAUUAAUAAGAAGAACAAAUGAGCAAAGCUCAGGCAAUUUAUGCUGGUCUUAUAGAAAAAAAUAUUUUUUUUAAUUUAAAGUGCAAUAAGAUCCUAAAGCUGGUAAAGAUGAAUAGUUAUUGAUAUUUCUAUUAAUGCUCUAUAAGAGGAAUAUAAUUUUAAGUGAUGGCAGUGACUGAUAUUAUUAAUUUCAGUAUUAGCAAUGUCUUGCCAGUGUUGAUGGAGUCAAUGUACUAUUAAAUUCAACUGGAUGAAAUAUUAAAUAAACUCAGAUUGAAAUGAAA